UUGUUUUGUGUGCUGAAUACAAGAAGAAAAAAAGUAUUUUUGCUGCUGCCGUUGGUGACCGACGUCGAAGAAUCAUAUUUUUCUUCUGAUUAGCAAAUAAAAUAUAAAAAUUAAACACAACUUCAUAGAUUAUAUUAAGUAUAAACUAUAUUAAAUAAAUCUACAGAAAAUGGGACGUAAAAAGAAGAAGGCUUCGAAACCCUGGUGCUGGUAUUGCAACCGUGAGUUUGAUGAUGAGAAAAUUUUGGUGCAACAUCAAAAGGCGAAGCACUUUAAAUGUCAUAUAUGCCACAAAAAAUUGUAUACAGGUCCCGGCUUAUCCAUACAUUGCAUGCAGGUGCACAAGGAGACCGUAGACAAAGUGCCAAAUUCAUUGCCAAAUCGUUCAAAUAUUGAAAUUGAAAUAUUUGGUAUGGACGGUAUACCCGCUGAUGAUGUGCGUGAGCAUGAAAGACAAAAGAAUGGCGGAAAAUCCGAUUCGGAUGAUGAUGAACCACAAGCAAAGAAAAAAGUUGAAAUACCACUUACGGCUCCACCGCCUCCUAUGAUGAUGCCGCCUAAUAUGAUCCCUCCUCAUAUGAUGGGUCAGUAUGCUCAAUACGGCAUGAUGCCGCAUAUGGCAAUGCCACCAUUUAUGGGACCUGGUGGUAUACACAUGAUGCCUCCGCAUAUGAUGCCACCACGACCACUAUUUCCCGCAGCCAUGGCAACUACCUCGGCGGCUGCAGCAGCAGCGGCUCAUGUGGCAGCUUCUGCCCAUGCAGCUGCCGCUCAGCAGAAACCAACGUUCCCUGCAUACAGCAAUGCUACCAUAAGUGCACCACCCACAACAAAUAAUCCAAAUGCAGCUGCUCCUUCAUCUACCACCGCCUCAGCAGCAGGCACAUCAUCUACAACGUCAGAUGCCACCAGUACCACAAACAAAAAUCAAGUGGUAACAAAUGCUAGUGGUGUUACAUCGAAAAUUAUGCAUCCUCCGGAAGAUUUGAGUUUAGAAGAAAUAAAAGCCCGCAAAAUUCAACAUAGAUUAAGUGCAAGUGGUGGCGCCUCCGUAUCGAGGUCAUCCUCUACCUCAACGCCUAAUACAAGCAGUCAUGGUACGAGUAUUUACUCAUCAGCCGCAACCACAGCAUCAUCAACGUCUUCCACGACGACAUCGCAAGCCGCAUCAGCUGCUGCUACUGCAGCGGCCAUAUCAAAGGCACAGGAAGCUGCUACUAUGGUUGCUGUGGCUCAGGCUCAGGCCCAGGCUCAAGCUCAGGCCCAAGCGCAAGCUCAAGCCCAGGCUCAAGCUCAGGCCCAAGCGCAAGCACAAGCUCAGGCUCAAGUUCAAGCACAAGUACAAGCUGCCCAGGUUCAGGCACAAGUUGCUCAUGCCCAAGCCCAAGUUGUUCAGGCGGUUGCCGCUCAACAACAGCAACACCAAAAACAACUACAAGAUCUCAAUCGUGCUGUCAUGAUACAACGCAUGCAGGCCCAAGCAGCCGUUGAUGCUGCUGUCGCUGCUCAUGUUGCUCGUCCCGCUGGCCCAGCUGCUGCAGCAGUUGGUAUGAUGCAAUUACCCGGUCAAAUGCAAUUAGUACAACCCAUGAUGCGACCUGCAAUGGCAAUUGCAGCCCAUCAUCAUCCCCAUCAUCCUGCUUUACUCGGUGGUAAUUUAUUAAGAGCACCCUCAGGUAUACCAGGAAUGCCAGCAGGUCUUUUAGGUCCUAUGCAAGCAAUACCUAUGGCCGGAAUGCCAGGUGCAAUACCCGGUAUGGGGGUAAUGUUGCCAGGAAAUCAUAUGUUACAAAUGAUGCCUCGUUUUCGGUGAUCAUAUCCUACAGGCCAACUAUGUCUAGCGCCCGUUGCAAACGUGCCUAUGUCAUCAAUCCUCUAUCGCGACUACAAAAAUUAAUUCAAAUCAAAGCACUACCGGACAACAGCAAUGUUAACACUAUUAACCACUUCCCUUAAGCAACGUUUACCAGAUGUAUGCUCACGUUUUAGCUGACAGGAAGCCAACGCAAGUAAAAAAAAACUAAAACGUAGUUAUAUUCUAACUUCAAUUAGCCACAACCAUUGUAUAGCACGCCUCAUUAAUAUGCUGAGUAAUUAAAUUAAAAAAAAUAGGCCAAUUCAAACUAAACUUAAACAAACCAAAAAACAGUUCAGAUUAGACCAGACUAAACCAUCCUCCACAUCAGUCUAAACCAUAUAGAAAUUUCUAUAUAAACCACGUAUAGGAGUUUCUACUACAACAAGCAAGUUUUGAAAAAAAUCUUUUUUCUUUUAAAAUUUAUGCAAUAAUUUUGUAUUGUUUAUAAUUUUUUCUCUUAAUGUUAGUUAUUUCUUCUUUAUACAUAUACAUAUAUAUUUUAACUUAUAACAAUUUAUAUUUUUCAUUUCAUCUUUUGUUUUUUUUUUUUUUUGGCAAGUUUCUCUUAAGAAGCCAACAUUGUUUUUACUGCAAACAAAAGAAAAAAAGGCUGAUUUCUUAUUAGCAAAAACUUCUUAAAGUUUGAACAAAAAAAUGAACACACCCAAACAUUAAAACGUUAGUAUUAUAAUUAAAAGAAAUAUAUAAUAUACAAAAAAACAGAAAUCAAAAUGAAAGGGUAAAUAUUAAACUUAAUAUUAUAAACGUUUGCAAUAUAAAAAUAAUUUAAUUACUUACAUUAUUACAUUUACUACAAUAAUAAGGAUAAGGGUGAUUGAUAUAUGCCAAAUUUAUUUAUCUACUACAAACACAUAUUAUUAUAAACAAUAUUCAAUAUUUAUGUUUGAUAUUUUCAUUAUUUUGUUCUUUAAUAUUUCAUUUUUGAAAAUUUAUAACAUCUGGCUUACCGCCACACAUACAUACAUAUUUCUUCAUCUUUGUUUGUAUAUUCUCUUAUUGUUAAUAUAUAAUAGUCUAUAUAUUGAACUCUAUAUUGUGUAUACAUUAAAGAGUCCUCUCAUAUUAAGUACUAACUAAACCCCCCACCCCCCUCAAUCACAAAUCAUAAUUUCUUUAAUGCUGUACAGUUCACACUAAUAACCAACCAUACACCUCCUUCGCCUAUCUACUUUACUCAUCACCAUUGUCUGUAACUCCCUUUUUUUAACAUUAAUUUCCAUUUGGUUUAUUUUAUAAAGCUUUUUUUGGUUUAAUUUCCUUUUAGUAAUGUUAAUUUUUCUAUCUCUUUUAUUAAACCUUCUUUUGUAUUUGUGUGUUGUUUCACUCUUUAUUUUUUUAGUUUUUGUAUUGUAAAUUUGUUUUAUGCCACAUAUUUCCCCGUAUUUUUCUGAAAUAAUAAAUAAAUAAUAUAGCUUUAUGU